UGUACAUCCGGGUCACUUGCCCUCCCGGAUCGGAGCCGCCUUCGCCGCCGCCGCCUGGCUCGUCGCGGCUCCGCCACAGGGGCAGGUGCGGAGGGGCUCCCGGUCCGGCCGCCGCCGCUGCCCCGCUCCGGGCCCGGGGCUCCCCCUAGCGCCGCUGAGGAGCCGCCGCCGCCGCGGCUCGAGGAGGGCGGAGGAGCGGGGCUGAGAGAGCCCAGAGGCUCGCGCGGAGGAUAGAGGGACGAGAACAGAAUCACCAGCACUGGCUGAAGGUACCUUAACAUGGGGAAUCUUCUUAAAGUUUUGACAUGCACAGACCUUGAGCAGGGGCCAAAUUUUUUCCUUGAUUUUGAAAAUGCCCAGCCUACAGAGUCUGAGAAGGAAAUUUAUAAUCAGGUGAAUGUAGUAUUAAAAGAUGCAGAAGGCAUCUUGGAGGACUUGCAGUCGUAUAGAGGAGCUGGCCAUGAAAUACGAGAGGUAAAGCAUACGUGUUUUCCAAUACAUUUUAAUUUUAAUCUUUGUCCUUUAGAAGCAGCAUUAAGAGGGCUUCUGGGAGCCUUGACAAGUACCCCGUAUUCUCCCACCCAGCAUCUCGAGCGAGAGCAGGCUCUUGCUAAACAAUUUGCAGAAAUCCUUCAUUUCACACUCCGGUUUGAUGAACUCAAGAUGACAAAUCCUGCCAUACAGAAUGAUUUCAGCUAUUAUAGAAGAACAUUGAGUCGUAUGAGGAUUAAUAAUGUUCCAGCAGAAGGAGAAAAUGAAGUAAAUAAUGAAUUGGCAAAUCGAAUGUCCUUGUUUUAUGCUGAGGCAACCCCGAUGCUGAAAACCUUAAGCGACGCCACGACCAAGUUUGUGUCAGAGAAUAAAAAUUUACCAAUAGAAAAUACCACAGAUUGUCUAAGCACCAUGGCUAGUGUGUGCAGAGUCAUGCUGGAGACACCGGAAUACAGAAGCAGAUUUACAAACGAAGAGACAGUGUCAUUCUGCUUGAGGGUAAUGGUGGGCGUCAUAAUACUCUAUGACCACGUACAUCCAGUGGGAGCAUUUGCCAAAACUUCAAAAAUCGAUAUGAAAGGUUGUAUCAAAGUUCUUAAGGACCAGCCUCCUAAUAGUGUAGAAGGUCUUCUCAAUGCUCUCAGGUACACAACAAAACAUUUGAAUGAUGAGACUACCUCCAAGCAAAUUAAGUCCAUGCUGCAAUAGCACUUCCGGGAUGAGCGCCUGCUGGAGGCAGGAGCCAUGUUCUGCAGUGACUGAGGACACCGUUUUUAGUGAUUGCAAAUUACUAUCUCAUUUACUCUUGCUUUUUAUUUCUGUCCUCUGUUCCUCUCCCCUCUUUUUUAAUCAUGUUCUUGUUCUUAAGACUUCUUUUCUGUGCCAAAAUCAGUAAAGUUCAACUCUGAAAGGAUAUUGUCCUUUCAAACAGGCCAUCUAAGGCAGCUAAUUAUGCAUUGCAUUGGGAUCUCUACUGAGAAAAAUUCUGUGACUUGAACUAAAUAUUUUUAAAUGUGGAUUUUUUUUGAAAACUAAUAUUUAAUAUUGCUUCUCCUGCAUGGCGAAACUGCCUCUUCUGCUAUUUAAAAACCCUCAAUGACUUUAUUUUCUACUGCCGCUUUUUUCAUGUGCAGCCAAAAUGAAAAGGUUUAAAUUAACUGUGUUGUACAAAUGGUACCCAACACAAACUUUUUUUAAAUUAGUAAGACUUUUGUUUAAAGUUUUAAGUUUGCAUUUUGACUUUUUUGUAAGGAUGUAUGUUGUGUGUUUAACCUUUAUUAACUAACGUUAAAAACUGUGAUGUGUGCGUAGAGUAUUACGUAUGCAUGUUCAUGUUUAAAGAAUGGCUGUGGAUAAAAUAAAAAUCAGCUUUCAUUUUUCUAA